AUGGUUCAAAAUCAAAUGGUUCAAGCUGUAACACCUACCGUGUGUUACCGGAAUAAAAUGAAACCAAUGAAAAGUGUUAAGAUAUCAGAAAGUACUGUAGAGACAAUAACUCCAACAAGUUCGCCAAAUUCAAUUCAUCAGCCUGCUUUAUUCGCGGAGAAACAGGAAACAAAAGAUGUAAAAUUAAACGAAACUGCAAAGGAGGAACAGAAGGAGGAAGAAAAGAUAACAUCUACUAAAGAGAAUAUCAAGAGUAGAAGAAGAGAGGAACGUUUAGCUAGAGAAAAGCGAGAAGAGGAAGAAAGAGAAAGAUUCGUAAGAGAAGCUGCUGAAAAGAAGGCAGCAGAGAGGGAAGAAAUAAUAAAACAAGCGAAAAGGUUUAUUCUUUACAGGAAACCAAUGUGUAGACGAAUUAAUCAAGGCCUUCUCGUUUCUGAGUGUUAUAGAGAGUUGGAUGCUCAACUAAAAUUUCGGGAAACUCUGAAAAACAUAGAUAAAGAGGAAGAAAUAGCCUACGUGAAUUCAAUGAAAGAGGAUUUAGCAAAAUACGAAGAGGAAAUGAAACAUAAAACAGAAAAGCAGUUGCAGAAAAGAAGGCAUUAUGCCUUCGAAUUAAAGAAACAAAUCGAAGAAACUAAGAAUGCCGAAGCAGCGAAGGAGAGAGAGGUAUUCGAAGCUGAUAGACAAGAUCAAAUAAAUAUGGAAAAAUACUUGCAAGAUAUUAAAGAAUUUGAAGCGCAACAAUUGCAAAACAAGAAACAAAAAUUAAAGCAAUUUUUUAAAGACGCGAUAGAGGAGAAGAAACAAUUCGAUCUGGAGCUUAAACGCGAAGAAGAAUUCGAAGAUCGUGCAAACGAAAUUUAUCGGAAUGCUAAAACGCGUAUACAAAAGCUUCACAAAGCAGUGAAGCACAAGGAAGACGAAGAAAGAGAGCAGAAAUCUCAACUAAUAGCUGAAAAGUACGGCGUGGUUUUGAAGUCGAUAAGGAGAAAGAUAGAUAUGGAGGAACAACUAUUGAAAAAAGCUCAGGAGGAGCAAGAGGAACGAUAUCAAGAAAAGCAAAAAAUACGGAAACAACGUGAGGAUCAAAUGCGACAGCAAGUGCAACGUUUCCGACUGGAGGUGUUAGCUACGAAGUCGAAGCAACUUCAGGAGGAAAGAGAUUUGAAAACGUGGGAGACGAUUCAAAGAUUUAAGAGGGCCGAGUCUGACGAAAAAUACAGAUACGAGGAACGAAAGAAAAAUUGGGAUAAAAAGAUGGAAUACGGGAACGAAAUAAAAAAGUAUAUCAAUGAAAAAAUAGCGGAGAGAAUAAAAGACAAAAUUGCGGAGGAAAAAGCUGCAGACGUGACAAAAAUUAUUGAGAAAGAAAAUCAGAAGGUUCUUGACUAUGCGGAGGAAGUUAUAAAUGAAUCUAAAGGCGUGAGGCCGCUUUAUCCAAUUCUUAAGGUUGUGGAGGACUGUAAACGAGAGAUGGGUCUAAUACAACCUGAAAAGAGAGAAGAAACAAUCGUUGAGAAACCAGGAAGAAAACAAAGGAUCCGCAAAUCCAAAAAUUUGUCGCCGAAAAUAGGAUCCGUUAUUUGUAAUGACAAAAAAUAGAAAAAAAGUUAAUUGUCACUGUUUUAACAAUAUAACAAGAAUUCUAAUACUUAAUUCUGCUUCUAUUCAAACUCUUUGAAAUCGCUGUGGAAUUGUUGGUGUGAAAAUUC